UUUCGACCGUUUCCGCCGCCCUGAGUUUCGAAGUUGAAGCCAUGGCUGCGCCGUACGCCCGCGUCCUGAGCGCGACCGAGAAGGCCAAGGUCGACGCGCUCGCGACGCGCCUCAUCGACCUCGACGACACGUAUCACUUUUGGAUCCGCGACGGCAACGAUGCGCGAAGCGCCCGUCUGCGAGAUGGCUUUGCGAUGCGUUGGCACUCGGCCCUACCGAUUGCAGAAAUCCGCGACCAAAUCCAAGAGCGGUAUGCGAUGGCGGGCCACUACGACGAUGCUGUGGACCCGCCGCUCCGACUCCUCCUCGGCGGCAAGGUUCUGGAAGACGGACGCAAGCUCGCCGAGUACCUUCCGCUCAAGACGCCGUACAACAUGCAACACCUUCGCUGGGCCAAGCCGUACGCAGGGGUCAUUUGGGUGGCGCCGCUCGAGGUCGAGGCGCAAUUUGAAAAGAAGUGGGGCCACUACGUCGCACCCAACGCGUGAUGCUCUACUUGUACGAACUCAUCCGGUAGGCACGUUAGUGAUAUUGCAGCCUCCCAGAGGAUUAAUUCGGC